AGCACUCUUUGUUUGUUACCAAAAAAAAUAAUUAUAAGCCCUCUUUUUUCAAUAUAUUUUCUUCAUCAUAUUUAAAUUUUUUUUAAAAAAAAUUAUUAUACCGACAUUUGAAACAGACCAAGAUCUUGGAACUAUUGAUAAUAUUGUUGAAAUAUUUAGAAGGGCACAAGAGAAAAAAAGAAAAAAAAAACAGAGGAGAGCUACACACGUACUAAGAAAUAUUUAGAAGGAAUUAAAGUAAAUUUAAAAUAAAAACACAUAUCUUAUCCCAACACACAUAUCCAUUUCUUUAUUCUAUUUACUCUUCUCUCCCCUUUUUUAUUCUAUUUCUUCUUCUCUCUUUCUUCCCGAUUGUUUAUCGUCUCCUCCUCUAUUUUUUAAUUUUUUUUCCUCCUUCCUCUCUUCCUUUUUGUUUCUUUCUUCUUGUCAGCCGGCUGAUUGCCUAGGCUAGAGUAUUAAUUUAGUCCAAUAAAAAAAAAAAAAAAAAGAAGAAGUUCCUUGGACUAUAGCCCAGGUUAAAUAUGUUCACGGCACCGUCUAUGUUUUCAAGUCCUUACCUCUAAUAUAAACAUAUACAUAUAUUCCAUUACCAUUAGCUUUAUUGUACCAAGCUUUGAAGCUUAUUUGAGGCUUUGAGGUGUAUUUAGAUAUGGCUUGGAUGAGCAACCAAAGAGCCUCUUGCUCUUCCUCAUCCUCUUCUUUUUCCCCAACUCGGUGGAGUUACGAUGUGUUCUUGAGUUUUAGAGGUGAAGAUACACGUAACAACUUCACUGGCCAUUUGUACACUGCUUUGUGCCAAAGGGGUCUUAACACCUUCAUAGAUGAUGAGCUCAGAAGAGGAGAAGAAAUUGCGCCGACACUCAUCAAAGCAAUCCAAGAGUCGAUGGCUUCCGUCGUUGUGUUCUCUGAAAACUAUGCAUCCUCCAAGUGGUGCUUAGAUGAGCUCGCAUGCAUCCUGGAUUGUAAAGAAUCGAAACGGCAAAUUGUUUUGCCUAUUUUUUACAAAGUGGAUCCUUCGGACGUACGGAAUCAGAGAGGCAGCUUUGGUGUGGCAUUGAGUCGACAUGAAGCCAACUUCAAAAACAACAACAGCAGCAGCAGCACGGAUCGUGUGCAGAGGUGGAGGACAGCUCUUACUCUGGCAGCCAAUUUCUCUGGAUGGCAUUUCCCGGAUGGGCAUGAAUCUAAGUUUAUCCACAAUAUUGUGGAAGAGAUCUCCCUUCAAACAUCAAAUCGUACAUACUUGAAAGUUGCUAAGUAUCCAGUAGGGUUAGAAUCUCGCGUACGAGAUAUGGAUGAGCUUCUAAGUCUUGGGGAGGAUGAUGUUCGAAUGAUUGGGAUAUGGGGACUUGGUGGGAUAGGCAAGACAACAAUUGCCAAAGCUGUUUACGGCUCUAUUGCCCAUAAAUUCGAAGGAAAUUGUUUUUUGGCAAAUGUUAGAGAAAUGUCGUCAAUGCCACAUGGCUUGGUCCAAUUGCAAAAAAUUCUUCUUUCUGAUAUUUUGGGGGGCAACAGAAAAUUCAAGGUGACUAGUGUUGAUCAAGGAGCUAAUACGAUCGAGACGAGACUUCGGAAUAGAAGGGUUCUUUUAGUUCUUGAUGAUGUGGAUCAUCGACACCAGUUAGAUAACUUAGCAGGAGGAUCUAAUUGGUUUGGUCGAGGUAGCAGAAUUAUCGUAACAACAAGAGACAAACACUUGUUAACUGCUCAUGGAGUUAAUUUAACGUACAAGGUCAAGGAACUAGAUUUCUAUGAGUCUUCUGAGCUCUUCAGUUGGAACUCCUUUAAGAGAGACAAGCCUCCAAAUGAUUUCCUGAAGCUUGUUUGGCGUGCUGUGUGCUACACAAAAGGCCUUCCGUUAGCUUUGACGGUGUUAGGUUCUCAUCUUUGUGGCAGAAGCAUAGAAGAGUGGAAAGAUGCAUUAGACAGUUACGAAAUAAUUCCCAACAAAGAAAUCCAAGAAAUACUCAAGAUUAGUUUUAAUGGAUUAGAGCAUUUUCAGAAGGAGGUUUUCCUUGACAUUGCAUGUUUUUUCAAAGGAGAAGAUAAAGAUCAAAUCGUGGAUAUACUGAGAAGUUGUGACUUAUUCCCCAUAAUUAGCAUUAAAGUACUCAUAGAUAAGUCUCUCUUAGUUAUUAAUGAGCACAAUAUGUUAACCAUGCAUGACUUACUUGAAGAUAUGGGCAAGGAAAUUGUUCGUCAAGAAUCGCCUACAGAACCAGGUGAACGUAGUAGGUUGUGGUUUCACGAGGAUGUCUACCAUGUUCUAACAGAACAAACAGGUUCAACUAAAGUUAGAGGCAUACUGAUAAAUAUGCCUAAAAAGAAUGACAUCUCCAUGAGUGCUGAAGCCUUCUCAAGGAUGAAAAAUCUCAGAUAUUUAAUAAAUCUUAAUGCAAGCCUCACUGGAAAUAUUGAUCUGCCCAACGAGUUAAGGCUGCUAAAUUGGUACAGAUAUCCUUUACAGUCCCUACCAUCCAAUUUUCAUCCAAAGAAACUUGUUGCCCUAAAGAUGCCUUCAAGUAACAUAUCGCGGCUCGAGUCAGGUUCUAUGAAACUGGGAACAUUGACAUCUAUGGACUUCUUUGGGUGCGACAAGCUAGAAGAAAUACCCGACUUCACAGGAUUCCCGAACUUGGAGAAAUUGUUUCUUAGAGGAUGUACCAGUUUAGUUGGGAUUCAUGAGUCUGUUGGGUUCCUUGAAAAGCUUGUGACUCUGAAUCUGCAAGACUGCUCAAGCCUUACAAGGUUUCCAACAAGAAUUGGCUUGAAAUCACUGAAAAUUCUUAACAUGAAAGGUUGUAGAAUGCUGGCGAGUUUUCCAGAAAUUGAAGCUGGGACGAUGGUCUUAGAGAACAUUACUUUAGAGUGUUGUGAAAACCUUAGAAAUCUUCCGAGCAGCAUUUAUAAGUUGAAAAAUCUUCGAGAACUUGAGGUUAGAGGCUGCCCCAAACUUUUAGCAUUUCCCAUGAAGGUGAACCCUGAAAAUCCGUCAAGCGUUUCUCAUGAUUACCAAAACUCAUUGGUGUUUCCAAGGCUAAGGUUUCUACGAGUCGGAGAUUGCAACUUAUCAGAAUGUGAAUUCCUUAUGCCAUUCAAUUGUGGGUCCACAUUGACUUUUCUAGAUUUAUCUGGAAGCAGUUUUGUUAGCCUUCCUGAAUGGACCAGCACAUUUGGUAGCUUGGAAUGGCUUAUAUUGCGUGAUUGCAAGAAGCUUCAAGAAAUUCCUCAGCUUUCUCCAUGCAUAAAAGGAAUAAACACAGGUGGCUGCAAAUCUUUGGAAAGAUUUUCAAAACUUUCGAACAUUUUGGAACACAACUCACAGGGUUCUCUUCAGUAUAGCGACUUGUCUAACUGCCACAAACUACUCAAGAGUCUUGACUUUGAUGUGGAAAAGAUGGCAUCCAUGUUACUUAGCCAUUCUCAAACUCCCCAGCAGCACGUACCUUCGGAUGGCGAGUACUAUGAGUUUAGCAUUAUACUUCCUGGAAACGACAUUCCAAAGUGGUUCGGCCACCGGAAACAGCCAGCUGAUCCUAAUUACUGUGACUUCAACAUUAAAUUUCCCCCAAAUUUCACCGGGAAGAACACAAGAUUGGCUUUUUCCGCUGCAUUCGGAAUCAUAGAUUACACACUCCCUUACGAUUAUGAUGAUUAUGAGAGAUACGGAUUUCAUGUCAGAGUCUUCAUCAAUGGUGAUGAAAUAUUUUCAUUUCAUGAACACAUUAUAUCGCCAGGGUCAGAUCAUGUGUGGCUGCAAUAUAUUUCAUUAUCUAAUAUGAGGCACUGGAAGCGUUACUGGAAUGAAGAGGAGAUCAUGUACAAGUGUGAAGUUAGAUUUCUUCCCUCCGAACCAAUAUUAUUGAAAGCCUGCGGUGUGCAACUAGUAUACCUCGACCCUGGCGGUGGUGAGAACUUUGGCAUCACAACUGAGGAGAUUAUUGAUGAGAAUAAUUCUAUCUAUAUGGCUUGGCUGAGCAACCAAAGAGACUCUUCCUCUUCCUCUUCCUCUUCCUCUUCCUCUUCCUUGUCCUCUUCUUUUACCCCGAACCGGUGGAGUUACGAUGUGUUCUUGAGUUUUAGAGGCGAAGAUACACGUAACAACUUCACCGGCCAUUUGUACACUGCUUUGUGCCGAAGGGGUCUUAACACCUUCAUAGAUGAUGAGCUUAGAAGAGGAGAAGAAGUUGCACCAACACUUUUCAAAACAAUCCAAGAGUCGAUGACUUCCAUCGUUGUGUUCUCUGAAAACUAUGCAUCGUCCAAGUGGUGCUUGGACGAGCUGGUGUGCAUCCUUGAUUGUAAAGAAUCUAAAAACCAAAUUGUUUGGCCUAUUUUUCACAAAGUGGCUCCUUCGGACGUACGAAAUCAGAGAGGCAGCUUUGGUGAGGCGUUGAGAGGACAUGAAGCAAACUUCAGAAUGGAUCGUGUCGAAAGGUGGAAGGCAGCUCUUACUCAAGCAGCAAAUCUCUCUGGAUGGCAUUUCACGGAAGGGCAUGAAUCUAAUUUUAUCCACAACAUCGUUGAAGAGAUCUCACUUCGAACAUCAAACCGUACAUACUUGAAAGUUGCAAAGUAUCCAGUAGGUUUAGAAUCUCGCAUACGGGACAUGGAUGAGCUUCUGUGCGUUGGGAAAACUGAUGUUCGAAUGGUUGGGAUAUGGGGAAUUGGUGGAAUAGGCAAGACAACGAUCGCAAAAGCCGUUUAUGGAUCUAUUGCCCAUAAAUUCGAAGGCCAAUGUUUUUUGGCAAAUGUGAGAGAAAUGUCAUCGAUGCCAAAUGGCUUGGUCCAAUUGCAAAACAAUCUUCUUUCUGAGAUUUUGGGGGGUAGUACAAAAUUCAUGGUGACUAGUUGUCAUCAAGGAGCUAAUGUGAUAGAGAAGAGACUUCACAACAAGAGGGUUCUUUUGGUUCUUGAUGACGUGGAUCAUCGAGACCAAUUGGAUAACUUAGCAGGAGGACCUGAUUGGUUUGGUCCAGGUAGCAGAAUUAUCGUAACAACUAGAGACAAACACUUGUUAACUGCUCAUGGAGUUGCUUCAACAUACAAGGCCAAGGAACUAGAUUUUCAUGAGUCUUCUGAGCUUUUCAGUUGGAAUUCCUUUAAGAGAGACAAGCCUCCAAAUGAUUACGUGAAUCUUGUUGGGCGUGCUGUAUGCUACACAAAAGGCCUUCCGUUAGCUUUGACGGUGUUAGGUUCUCAUCUUUGUGGCAGAAGCAUAGAAGAGUGGAAAGAUGCAUUAGACAGUUACGAAAUAAUUCCUAACAAAGAAAUCCAAGAAAUACUCAAGAUUAGUUUUAAUGGAUUAGAGCAUUUUCAGAAGGAGGUUUUCCUUGACAUUGCAUGUUUUUUCAAAGGAGAAAAUAAAGAUGAUAUCGUGGAUAUACUGAGAAGUUGUGACUUGUUCCCAGUAAUUAGCAUUCGAGUACUCAUAGAUAAGUCUCUCUUAGCUAUUAAUGAGCACAAUAUGUUAACCAUGCAUGACUUACUUGAAGAUAUGGGCAAGGAAAUUGUGCGUGAAGAAUCGCCUAACGAACCAGGUGAACGCAGUCGGUUGUGGUUUCACAAGGACGUUUGUGAAGUUUUAACAAAACAAACAGGAACGAGUAGAGUUCGAGGCAUAAUGAUAAACAUGCCUGAGAAGAAUGAGAUAUGCUUAAGUGCUGAAGCCUUUUCAAGGAUGAAAAAUCUCAGAUAUUUAAUAAAUCUGAAUGCAAGACUUAUUGGAAACAUUGAUCUGCCAAACGAGUUAAGAUUGCUAAAUUGGUACAAAUAUCCUUUACAAUCCCUACCGUCCAAUUUUCAACCAGAGAAACUCGUUGCCUUAAAGAUGCCUUCAAGCAACAUAUCGCGGUUCGGGAAGGGCUCCACGAAACUGGGAACAUUGAAAUCUAUGGACUUCUCUGGGUGUGAAAUGCUAGAAGAAAUACCCGACUUCACAGGAUUCCCAAACUUGGAGAAAUUGUUUCUUAGAGAAUGUAGCGGUUUAGUUGGGAUUCAUGAGUCUGUUGGAUAUCUUGAAAAGCUUGUGACUCUGACUCUGCAAAACUGCUCAAACCUUACAAGGUUUCCAACAAAACUUCGCUUGAAAUCACUCAAACUGCUUAACAUGAAAGGUUGCAGAAUGCUGGAGAGUUUCCCAGAAAUUGAAGCCGGGACAAUGGUCUUAGAGAACAUUAAUUUAGAGUGUUGUGAAAACCUCAGAAAUCUUCCAAGAAGCAUUUAUCAGUUGAAACAUCUUCAGGAACUUGAGGUUAGAGGCUGCCCCAAACUUAUAUCCUUUCCCAUGAAGGAGAACUCUGAAAACCCAUCAAGAGUUUCUCAUGAUAGUCAUAGCUCAUUGGUGUUUCCAAAGCUAAGGUUUCUUCGAAUUGGAGACUGCAACUUAUCAGAGUGUGAUUUCCUUAUGCCAUUCAAUUGUGUGUCCACAUUGACUUUUCUAGAUUUAUCUGGAAGCAGUUUUGUUUGCCUUCCUAAAGGGAUCAACAUGUUUGUUAGCUUGGAGUGGCUUAUAUUGCGUGAUUGCAAGAAGCUUCAAGAAAUUCCUCAGCUUUCUCCAUGCAUAAAAGGAAUAAACACAGGUGGCUGCAAAUCUUUGGAAAGAUUUUCAAAACUUUCAAGCAUUUUGGAACACAACUCACAGGGUUCUCUUCAAUAUAGCGACUUGUCUAACUGCCACAAACUACUCAAGAGUCUUGACUUUGAUGUGGAAAAGAUAGCAUCCAUGUUACUUAGCCAUUCUCAAACUCCCCAGCAGCACGUACCUUCGGACGGCGAGCGCUAUGAGUUUAGCAUUAUACUUCCUGGAAACGACAUUCCAAAGUGGUUCGGUCACCGGAAACAGCCAGCUGAUCCUAAUUACUGUGACUUCAACAUUAAAUUUCCCCCAAAUUUCACCGGGAAGAACACAAGAUUGGCUUUUUCCGCUGCAUUCAGAACCAUAGAUUACACACUCCCUUACGAUUAUGACGAUUAUGAGAGAUACGGAUUUCAUGUCAGAGUCUUCAUCAAUGGUGAUGAAAUAUUUUCAUUUCAUGAACACAUUAUAUCGCCAGGGUCAGAUCAUGUGUGGCUGCAAUAUAUUUCAUUAUCUAAUAUGAGGCACUGGAAGCGUUACUGGAAUGAAGAGGAUAUCAUGUACAAGUGUGAAGUUAGAUUUCUUCCCUCCGAACCAAUAUCAUUGAAAGCAUGUGGUGUCCAACUAGUAUACCUCGGCCAUGGUGAUGAUGUUGAGAACUUGGGCGUCACAAUUGAGGAGAUUAUUGAUAAGAAUAAUAAUCCUAUCUAAUUUGAAAAAGACAAGAACAGCAGCCAAUGUUCAGCAUAAGAUGCAACUGUUAGUACUGAUUAUCUGUACUGGUUCUUGGAUACAUGUGAGAUUUAUAUAUGUGGUGGAGGAUAUUAGAAGAUUAAUAGCGGAUCAUGGGGUGGUUGAUGUGGUGUUUCAAUUCAACCUCGCGCUGGCAAUGGGGCUGCACAUGCACUGGCCCAGUUUGGAUUGAAGAAAGGUUUGCAGUUUUUUUGGGAAGAUAUUGCCCCCACUUGGCUGGAGCAAGUAAUAGAGAGCUGUUGUAAACAAGAUGGAAACCUGUGAAGCUUCCUCCCUAUGAAGCUUCCUCCCAUUUGUAUUGUAUUGGUAAGGUGGAGCCCACAUGUUGGAAAGCUUUGCCUAUAUACGGGUUCACCCCUUUGUUUGUAAUAUACACAUUCAACACCUAAAUGAGAAGAAAAAACUCUGAAGGGAAGUUCAGUUCCUACA